AAUUUUGCAAAAUAGCAACAUUGAGUUUGUGUGCGACAUGACAGGCAAGCGCGUUUUGGUUCUAAGAGCGCAUAAAAUUGUGAUGUAAAAAAGGGAAAACUCUUGUUAGUCAGUCAUCAUGGCAAACCCUAGGAAAUUUAGUGAAAAAAUCGCGCUUCACAAUCAAAAGCAGGCCGAAGAGACGGCCGCUUUUGAAAAGAUUAUGCGUGAAGUUUCAGACGCAACCAAUAAGGUUAACACAAGUAGCCGACGUGAAAGAGUCAAAGCCCCUAAGCCUGUGGAGCCCAAUGACUCCAUGCUCAGGCCCGCGCAACCGGGGCUGGGCUCGUUCCGCAGUGGCUCGUUGCCAAAUGUGGCUGCACCACAGGCCAGUGCGGAGCCAGAAAAUACUAAGCCUGAAGAAGUAACGCUAGCAACACAAUAUGGCAUGGGCGGAGGCCGCAGCGGAGGCGCGUCGCCGUCGCGCUCGCCCACGCAGCGAGGCCGCGCCUCCAGCUCCGUGGGGCCCAUGCGGCGCCCUGCCGACCGCCGCCACGACACCAGCCCUUACGGCAGCACGGUGUACCUAAGUCCACCGCCAGACAGUAACUGGCGUCGCACCAACUCCGACUCGGCGCUGCACCAAUCUUGCGGCAGCGACGCGCCCGCGGCCUCGCAGCCGCUGUCGCCGCACCACCCGCUGCACUCCCAUGCACAUCCCCACACACAGCAGAACCACCGGAGAGCCAACGACAUUCACCUGGACGUAUUGGGCGCGCUGGGUAUGAACCCCGCGAACCGCCCGCGGUCGUCCUGUGAAAUACCCAGAAUACCUAACAAUACCAACGUGUACUCGAGUGGCGACGGCGGGGGAGGGGGCGGCGGGCUGGCGUGCGGCGAGCUGCAGGUGCCGGGCGGCUCGCUGCCAGACCUCACCUCCGUGCACUACCCCUACCUGCCCACGCGUGAGCAAGACUACCAGAACAGAUAUAGCCCCACGUCGCCGGGCGCGGUGUCGCCGGCGGCGGGCAGCGGCUCGCCCGCCACCGGCGGCCUGUCGCCCGCCUCCGGCUCGCCCGUCGGCGCCACCGUGCCGCUCGCCGCCAUGCACCACCACACCACGCACGACCACACGCAGCUCUACGAGCAGAAUCACUUAUCUGUACCAAACACAAAUAAUUAUCUCCAUCAUAAUAAGAACCAGAUGUCGCCACUAGACCACAACUGGAUACCGUCGAGUUGUUACCAAGCUCAGUGUAGUCCGCCUUCGCAAUAUUCCUCCACUUCGAAUAUCAAUAUACCUUCACCGACGAUGGUGCACAGUCCAGGCAGCCCGGCGGAGUCUCCACAGACGGACUACAGUUUGCACUCCACGUUACUACAGCCCUUCGAGCAAAUCACCAUGCUGGACUCGCCGGUGUCAAGUUACAACGCGACGUAUAUCAACCACAGUUCACCGCAGACAACGAAUUCACAACACACGUACCCACAGUCGCCCGGUAACUGCGGCGCGGCGGGGUCGGGCAGCUCCGGCUCGGGCUCGGGCUCGGGCUCGGGCGUGGCGCGGCACGCGCGCGACCCCGUGCCCGGCGGCGGCGGCUUCCUGCCCCUCGCCUCCCCCGCGCCGCCCGCCACCCCGCCCAGCAUACCCGACAUCAUCCUCACAGACUACUCGGAGGAGGCGGCGCUGCGCGCCGAGCUGGACCUGGACGACCUGACGCUGCUGGACCAGCCCGGCUCGCUGCUGCCGGACUCCGCCGUCGAGCACGAGCUCUUCGACCGCUUGUAGUACCCGAGGGAUACAAAACCAUACGCCUGCGAUACAUGCGGGCGCAGGCCGUCGCGGUUCGUGUUCGUGAGACUCCCUAAACUUCAUGACAAUUUCUAUCGUUUCAAGUCUGAGUUAGUGAACGUAGUCGGUGUAGCGUAGUGCGAGGGACGCGUGUAAGAGGCACAUUCCCGGGCUGCCGUCUGAGUGCGUGUUUAUUGUGUUUUUAAAUGUUUUACUCAACUUUCAUAUUCGAGGGGUUAGGUAUAAUAUAGGCUGUAGAUUUUUUUAUUAAAUGUCGAUUACUUUAUCGAUGAUUCUUGUACAGCAUGGAGUAAUUAUAUUUUAAGUAAGUAUUGUGAAUAUUUACUCGAAUAUCAUUAGGGAAUUUGAUUCGGAUAUAAAGGAGAUAUUUUCGUUUGUAUAAAAGACCUGUUCGGUCGUCUCCUUAUACAUAAAUUUGAAAGUGUUCACUUUAUUAAAAUUGCAUUUAAAUCGCUAAUGUUGCAUGCUAGUGUAUCAGCGAACGGCCAAGAAUAGUUAAAACAAUACUUCUAUAAUUUUUAAUAAGAAACUUAAAUCUCUUUUGAUCUUGAUAAUGUAAUAUCAUUAUCCAUCAUUCAACGAUUGCUCAAGCGUUGACUGGUCUAUUCGGAACUAUCGAGACGCCAAUAUAAUCAUUUAAACUUUUACCGCAAAGCAUGACGUUUUGUAAUAUACAUAUUGUUCUGCACCACAUUUGUAUAACGUACAUGUGCCCCAAUUCCUCGUAAUUAUUCCACGGUUAAAUUUAAACUAUCGUGAGUCGUUCUCUUUACAUCGCUACUACAGUUUAACUCACACAAUGCGAGAGACUGAUUUGCCGUCGAGAGAUAAAAAGUAGUAGCGAUAAACGAUAAAGUAUAUUCCACGGCUUACAGUCCAGGCGGCGUAGCACGGUCGCGUUUUAAUCGCUUGUCACCAUGCCUGUCACGUUCUAACAAAUAAUUGUAAGUGCGAAAGUGACGAAUGGCAUGACAAGUGAUAGAGUUAGACCGUAAAAAGUCUGCAGCGAUUUUGAUAGCCCACGCAGUACAAGUGUCAUUUGAAACGUCAAACUUCUAUGAAAUUAUGACGUAUAAAUAACACUUAUACUGCGUGGACUCUCAAAUCCGCUGCAGACUUUUAUUGGUGCGACUAUAAAAAUGCGACCAUGAUACCGCUUCAGAAAAGCUUUGUCAUGACAAAUUACACAAUUUCCGUUUAUGAAAACACAGCCUAAACACACUUAUCACGCUUAAAUGCAAGUUAUAUGUGACGUCCCACGGAAAAAGGUACCUUAUGGCGGCCGGCGCAACGUCACAUAUGUAGAUUUUCAUACUUGUCCGCUUGACUGUACAUAAUGGCACUAUGUGCCGUAAUUAUACUUGUGGUUGUGUUGUUGUUUUUAUGUACUUUUUAUUUGUAAAGUUGUUACCUAUGUGUUCUGCCACUUGUCAUGACGGGGUUUUAGCCUAGCCGAUAGCAACCGUAACCUAGGUUUACUUGACGUUUCUGUCCUUGUCAUAUUCAAUAAGGAGACUGGUGACAUUACUACAAUACUAUCUAUUGUGGAGCCAUCUAUUUAAAGAACACCUUUAUUCAUAUAUAUGAUAUAAAUCGUCAGGUUACAAGCAAAAGUCACUAAUUAAUACUAAAAAUAAAUUAAACAAAAAUCGACCUUCUUUUUGUACUAAUAUGGUUCACGAUGGCUAUGAACUUGUGGACCUUGUGGUGGUACUUAGUGACUUUUGCUGACGAAAUAUUCUAAUAUUGAUGUCGUGUUCGAAACUUGUAAGAUAAUUUCUAUUUUGUACGUUUAUUAGGCCCGUUAUGUAAACAGUUGAGUAAGUAGUUACUGUUAUAAUGCCUCAAGUCUCAUUUCGUUGUAAAAGUCAAUACUGGACCACUUAAUUGAUGUUUGAAACAACAGUUAUUUCUUGCGCUCUCGUUUAGCAAAAAUAACGCAAG